AGCAGAGAUACUGAUGAAACAUAAAAAAGGAGGUGAAGUUUCCACUGCGAAGAGAGGAGGAUGAAUAUGAAUUAAAAAAACCAACAUGACAUUUUGACGAAGAGGAAGGAGGAGCGUCGAAAGAGGAGGUUCAUUUAGUUCUGCAUUACACGUUGCAAAAGAGUGUGAGGGCAGGAAACAGAGAUGACACACUCAACGUUUUUAUGUUCACAUUCACACCACUGACAGACAGAGAGAGAGAGAGAGAGAAAGAAAGCUGAAGAAGAAGAAGAGGACAGGAAACUGAGAAAGAACAAGAGAGAGAGGACACGAAACAUAACAAGGUGAAGGGGAAACAGGAGGAGAAGCUCACAAAGAGAAGAAAGGAAAGGAGAGGAGGUGAAGAGGAGCAAAAGAAAAGAGCAAGCAGAGAGGAAGAGAAGGAAGCGCAGUAAGUGGACGAGAAGUCAAGGAGGCCGAAGGAGCGAGGCUGUGAGCAGAAGAGGAAGUCAGAGAGAAGGGUGAGGGAGGACUCACCCUCUCCACUUUUCUUGGUGGAGAGACACCAAGAAAGUGGAGCACCAGGAGAAGAGGUGAAGAAAGAGGGGAGGAGAGGUGAGGAGGACCUGCCUGUCAUCAUGGAGGAAGACAUCAGGAAACAGGGGAUGCUCUAUCUGCAGCAACAGAGGUUUGGAAAGAAAUGGAAGCGUGUGUGGUGCGUCCUGUACAGAGAAAGCGCCUGUUCGAUUUCCAGACUGGAGUUCUUCGAGUGUAAAGACGGAGAGAUGAACGACAAGACUCUACGCAAACAGCAAGAACACAAAAAGGUGAUCCGCCUGGCUGACUGUAUCCGGGUGUCUGAGGUGGAGAUGGACGGCUGUCCCAGAGACACGGGACCCUUCUUGAUCGAGACCACCGAGAAGAUCUACACGUUUUCUUCGGAUAGACAACACCUGGACGACUGGACACACAAACUGUGUGAGAUAGCCUUCCCUAUGAGCUGGACGGGGGAACACAGUGUGAAGCGAGGCAGCCUGCACAGAGGAAACAGAGUGGAGGAACAUGAAGGGAUGGAGGACAACUCGCUGUACGGCGGCAGAGAGAAAGUUUGUGACUUCAGAGUGUGUGUUCGGAGGACGGAGGCGUCUGAACGCUGCAGACUGAAAGGAGACGGCAUACUGCGAGCGGACGUCGACGCUCUCCUCCUGCUGGAUAAGUCUGGAGUUGUCGUGAGCGCUUGGCCGUACAGGUUCCUGCGGCGCUUUGGCCGAGACAAGACCAGCUUCUCCUUCGAGGCCGGACGAAGGUGCGACUCCGGCGAGGGGAGUUUUGAGUUCGACACCAAACAAGGGAACCUCCUGUUUCAGGCCGUGGAAGGCGCCAUCAACCUGCAGCGGUCCUCCCUCCCCCACAGACAGACUUCAGCAGGGGGGCAGGGGAGUCCAGAGACACCGCAGGACCUGAGCCUGCCCCCCUUGCCUCUGAACCCUCCCAUGUUUCAGAGCAGGACGCCGCCACCGCCGCUGCCUCAGCCUCGCAGCCAUAUCCCACAGGGGUCUGAGGGCGUGUACAGCAUGGUGACCGACCCUUCAAACCUUCAGAUGGGUCAUCAUAAAGACAAAGAGAGCUCCAGUUCUUCUCCACAGUCACAACACCGCCCCCCGCUGACUCGUCUGGAGCCUCCUGCCGACAAAACGCUGACCGCAGUGCAUAGUUUGACUCUGGACCCUCGAGGCCUACAAAUCCCCCGAAAGAACCAGGUCAAGAUGAUCUCCAGCUGCCCUCUUCCUCACGCCGGCCCGGACUCAGAAUCCCCCUCAAGCUCCAAACCCAGCCCCUUAAAACUGUCCUCCAACCCGGACCAGAUGUACUCUAAGAUCACCUUACCGACUGCAGAUCGAGCCACAAGGAGAGAGAAGAGAGGCGGGAACAUGGCCGCCCCCUGCACCCCUCCCCUCGCCGCCCCGGAGCCGGAGUACUCCCUCCCCUUCGACACCAUCGCUGGGAAAGUCAUGAGCAACUUCUUGGACUCCCAUCAUGCUCAGGGAUCUGAGUCCAGCGCUGACCCGCUCUACGACAGCAUCGACGAGAUGAAGAUCAGAAACAUCUUCCUGAGCGACGCCGCCGCCACCGCCGCCGCCGUCGAGCCGACGUACCGGAAGGUGGAGCACAUUUACGACGAGCCCGAAGGCUGCGCCGUCCCCGCUGCUCAGAAACCUCCCACCUCGCUGUACGACGACCCCGAGGAGAUGAGAGGGGACGCCUGGAGGAUUAUGGGUACGCCCGUUGACCCUAAAGGUCACGAGUACCCGUACAACCCUCGGGUGGAUGACUACGCUGUGCCCAAACGACCGCAGAGGGCGUGUCUUGUUUCUCAAAGCACCACAGAAGUAGAAGAUGAUGAUGAUGAUGAUGAGGAGGAGGAACUGGAGGAGGGGGAGGAGCAGAGGGCGGCGCAGUAUUCACCGUAUAACAACGUGAACGUAAAGAUGGUGUAGAGGAGAGUCGGUGUGAGCAUUAACAGGAUUCAGAUCUUGGAGGUUUCAGGAUGGAGGCUCUCUGAUGGACCGGUUCGUAGUUCAGGAUCAUCAGGGUUAAUGAUUCAGAUACUCUGAUCGCUUUAAUAAACAAACACUUUAAGGAGGCAGACUAUGAUCCGGCACAUUCGCUCUCAAGAUUCCAUCGCAGCUUUUAUACUUUAAAGCACACAAUAUAUCACACACUGCUCUUCUUCUUCUUUCAUUUCUCUCCCAUUUUAGAGGCGUCUUUGAACGCACCAUCAUGCUCUCUCUAUUUAUUCACACACUCAUAAGAAUCAGUCACAUUGUCAUGGGUUUAAUAUUUCCUUUUAUUUUUAAAUACACCUUCAUGAAUCUAAUCUCAUGUCUGCAGCAGUGAGGGGGGACAUCCUGCAGGGGGCAGCAGAGCUCUCACUAUCUGCUUGUUAUUAUUGUGUAAUAAACAUCUCAAUGCUGUUAUAUGUGUGUGUGUGUGUGUGUGUGUGUGGAGUGUAAUCAAACUAAACUCAAACUUUGAAAUGUUUCAUAACUGUAACCUUGAGCAGAGUUAUUCUGAGUGUGUGUGUGUGGUGUGUUUGUGUCCAGAUAUUUUCUGAAUAAAUGUCUUUGUAAAGCGUG